AUGACCGCCGGCAGAGUCACACAAAGACCACAAGGCAUCAACGUCAGCCACGAUGUGGUUUUGUUUAUUCCAAACAACGGCGACUUUGAGAGCCAAUACGAGACGCAAGUGAAUGCUGUCAAUGGGACUUUGGCAAAUCUUGUUACGUGCACAACAGAUUGUCCCUUCAACGUGACAACGCAACCGACUGUAGUUGGGACUCAAGUGGAUCCGGAAACCUUUUGUAUGUCAUACGUGAAGGAUCCGGACCUGGCCCGGCACUACAGGGCGGUGAACCACAACAAUUCCCUGGUGUGCGUCACUCGAUGCCACGCCAACUAUGACCUCGACAAGCUCACCUGCUACAACGGUGGCGCGUGCAGGGUUUUCAGGGAUGUCGGCGCCGUUUGCGAAUGUAAGGCUUUGGACGCCACGUGGUACUUAGGCUCUGACUGUGGGCUGCCUAUCAAACGUGUGGCCUUCUACGCCGGUUUGGUGGUCACCCUGGCUUUCCUCGUGGCCACCGUGUCAGGCUUGAUCGCAUACGUGGUCAUCAACAGAAAAGAGCAAAUGAGGAAAAAAGACGUGAAAAAGAAGCUGGUGAACAAAUGGCUGAACGACGAAUUUGAGUGGUCCCGAUCUGAUAAACCUUCGACAGGCACGUUAAAUGCCGUUGGCACGUUGUGUCACAUUGCGGUUCUAGACUGA